GUAUAUUUUUUUUCGAUGGGGGAGGCCUUUUGUUAUGUAAAAAAGCACCUUUAUUACGAUUUGGUGCCUGUUGUAAAAGGUGUUUUGGCUCACUAAUUUAAUUGAUUAAUACGUUUAUCAAUUUUGGAGUUAUCGCCAAUGAUAUUUCCCGAGGGAUGAUGUUGAUAUUUUUGAGUAAUCACUUCGAAAGUUGGACUUUGAAAAGCAUAAAGUUUCACGUUUAGCCGUGCGUGGGUUUUGGACUUCGUGUCAUUGUAAAUGGCUUCCACGGUGUUCAACGCGGAUACCAAAGUGAUAGCAUCUUUAUUUAUCACUGCGGUAUUUUUAUGCUGUAUGCAGUCAAGCGAAGCAUGGCUAUGGAGCUCCAAAAAGAAAAUAAACGGUGGCUGGAGCGCAUGGUCCUCGUGGACUUCAUGUCAAGAAGGAACCGGAAAAGACCCAUUUCCCUUUCGGUCAAAACAACGUUCUUGUACAAACCCAGCUCCCUCAAACGGGGGCAGGGAGUGCGGAGGGCAAAAAAUGCGGAAAGGACCUUGCGAAGAUUGCAACUUGCCGCUGGGAAUGGAAAAUUUGAAAAUAAAGGACGCGCAAAUUACAGCUUCAAGCGCUCACGAGAAUUUCCCAGCAUCAGAAUCUCGUCUAAAUGGCUUUUCUUCUUGGUGCGCUACGGAUCUAGACGGUGAAGUUUAUCUACAAAUUGAUUUAAAGUUCAUGACUUUGGUUACAGCGAUAGCGACCCAGGGAUUUUACCCAGAUAAGAGCGUUCUUAGUUUACGUCAGGGUCGAGUCGGCAAAUAUCAGCUGGCUUACAGCGAUGAUGGAAAAACUUGGGCUGUUUACAAGAACCUAAGAAAUGAAAAUAUACUCUCUGGAAAUGUGGAAAAAGAGGGGACGGUGCUGAACGUAUUAGAACCUUAUUAUACUACCCGCUACAUUCGAAUUUAUCCUCGGUCAUUCUUCUCUUUUAUUUGUAUGAAAUUGGAGAUAUACGGAUGCAGAUUUCGAUGUGGGGGAUUUCUACCCCCUACCCCUGGGGAUCUUAUCGCAGAAAGCUCUGAAACUCGAGACGUGGAAUGCCUGUGGCAAGUAACAUUACCAUCAGGAAAUGUCAAUCUCGACUUUGUGAAUUUCAGACUUCCCUGCAGCAAUGGUAUAGUGGAAGUUAGAGGAGAUGGACUGUCCUAUGGCGAAUCUGCAGUUCUAGCCCAAUACUGUGGGGAAUUUGAGGUGACCCCCCGACCUGUUAUGAGUUCAUCUAACAAACUGUGGAUCAGAUUUCGGUCAAAUUCUUCUCAGCCCUCUGUGGGGUUUUAUGCAGUUUAUUUUCCCAGCUGUAAUGCAUACUUGACAAAUAACUCUGGAGUAAUAAAAUCCCCCAACCACCCAAAUGAGUAUUAUCAUAACUCAAGAUGCACUUGGCUUGUUACUGUUGCUCAGGGGAAAGCUAUAAGGUUGAAAUUUUCAAGCUUUCAAGUAGAAGGGGAUAGCAAAGGCCAACCACAGUGCUCCACUGACCAUUUAACUAUUUGGGACGGUGUUAACAAUACUGCACCCAUCAUUGGGAAACACUGUAAUUCAGUGAGGCCACCUACGUUUAUUUGCAGCUCUGGGAACACAAUGAAGAUCACUUUCAAGACUGAUGAUGCUUUAGCAUUUGCUGGGUUUCUAAUCAUGUAUCAGGCGAUAGAACCCAAUUCUUCAUGUGCUGAGCCAUCAUCAUCUAUUAUAACACCCACCCCAACAUUAUCAGUCAUGCCCUCGACUAUGAACAUGUCAGUCGCUCCUAUGAUUCCUGAACCUACCGCAACAUUUGUGAAUCCUACAUUGAAUGUGAACAUCACUGGAGGAUUACCACCAUUGAAUGGUGCGAGUAGUGCCAACAGUGGGCACUUAGGGAAAAAGAAAAAAGAUGAUGAUGAAGAUAAUGGGCUAACAACAAUAAUAAUAGUUGCAGUUUUUAGUUUCAUUGUGUUAUGCAUGAUCAUUGCGAGCAUAAUCCCCAGUCUCAGACAUCGGUGUGAGAAACAAAAGCACGAAAGACUUAGUAGGAUGGCUGCAACAGAAGUGAUACUGAAAGAUAAUGAAUAUGAAUUACAACCUUUGCAAGCUAACCCUGAUGAAACAGCAGAUGUUAUCGCUGUUGAUGAAGUGAAAGAGGAAGAAGAUGAUGAUGAUACAGCUGGUGGGAAUCCUUCCAUUGCUGUUGCUGCUGUUCAGACAGAGGAAGAAAAAAUAGAAAAUGAUGAUUAUGGUAAUUUUUGUGAUGAAACUCCACUUGACGCUGCAACUGUUGACGUUGUGUCUUCGUCAAGCCAUUCUGAGCUGGGCUGUGAUUUAGAGUAUGACACAACAGACCUGAAACUUAGCAGUUCAUAUGAAAAUCUAGGCACAAGCUUCGCGUCUGAGAUGGCUGCGAUGAUCAGUAAAUUUGAGCAAUCUGCUCCUAUGGAUGUUUUUGAAAAGCGUGAUGAGAAUGCCCCGCCACGUAAAGAGGUAGAUGAUUCAGAUGAGAGUGAAGAUGAAACAUCUCCACUUAUGAUUGAGAAUCAGGUUGAGAAACCCACUAGGGAAGAUAAAAUGAGGGGUGAAAACAGCAAGAGUUUGUGUGAGUCAAAUAGCUUAUUCGACACAACAUUGGGGGCACAAUCAACAGACCCACAGCCAACUCAAGAUUGCAUGGGGAAUCCAUGUGAGGAAGAAACACAGGAAAGGAGGAAAAAACUUGAGAACCCUGUACCUAAUGAUGAGGGUAAAAGCAACCAUUUCAAAGCUGAAGUACUAGAUGAUGGUUUAAGGAAUGACAAAUUACAAAAAGCACUAUCAGACUUGAAGUCAACACUCUCUAGAAUAAAUUCUGAAAGUGGGAGUCUUUCUGAGAUUGGUAACAGCAAGACAAACAGUGCACUUUCUAGCAACAUCUCUCUGCCAGAACAUGGAACUGCUGUUGACCUUCCUGUCUGGGAAGAGAAAGGAACAGAUUAUCCAACCGUGCCAAAGUCUAAGAUAAAAAAAGGAUCUCAUCUGAUCUCUGAUAGCAAGGACUCUGGUUGUUCAUCAAGCAGUGAGUGUGAGUACCUCCCUCCUCUCGAUCAGAACGAUCUAGAGCGAGGUGCAGAGACUUGUGUUUGAAUAUUACACAGUUGCUGACCCAGGACUAAUUGCUUGUAUUCAGUAGAACCCUUCAUAGCCGUAGCAGGCCACAUAAGAUUGGGGGGGGGGGGGGGUACAAUACAGAAACAUUAAGAAAAUAUUGGGGUUGGGGCACAGUGCCCCACCCCUUGCUACGACCCUGCACUUUAAAAAAAAAAAAAAAACGAAUGCUUGAUGUCCUUUGGGGAACUAUGGUAUAGUUUUUAUAAAGCAGACCUAAAAAAAAUUCUGGAUCCAUUACAGGCCAUCCUUGUGUGUUGGUUACUCUGGCAUUCAUAGCCACAAAUUAAGAGAGUUGGGAAGAAGCAUAGCCAUAUCUAGAUAUAUAAUUUUCUUUGGGGGGGGGGACACCACAACAUUUUCUUUUUUUUUUUUCUUUGUAAAACUCUGGCCUUACUAGCUCUUGGCCCUGGAUCAAAUUUACCCAGUAUUUUCUUCUUAAUAUCACUUAUUCAUUCAUUUGGCUUCAUGAGGGUGAGCUUGGUGGACAGGGUAUGUGAACACCCGAAACCACACCUGGCUGUAGCUCAGUCUGGAGUUUUCAUGUCGUGGUUUUAUGGAAAACGGCUGAAAUUUAUCAGACAGAACGCAUUUCCAUAUGCUGCUAUUGAAUUCUGAAUCAAAUUUUAUUGAUUUCUGCUGUCUUUGUCCAUGCUGUCGUCAUUGUUGCUUAAGGUCUCUAUUUAACAAUGUUGGUGAGCACUACGUAUAACCUAUCUUUACAGAGGGAUUUUUAAUAGGAAUAUAGAACAAAUCCUCAAAAUACAAUUUUGAUCUCAGUAUUACACAUUUUAAGAGUAAUAUGAAUCUUCCAUUAGAGACAAAUAUAUACCAACAAGUAUAUAGCCAUAUAAGAGAACUCCAGGUGUGCAUACCGUAGAAAGGGCUGUAUGCAUGUAUACCCCUUGACUGUCCAAAAGCAGUAAUUUCUUAUUGAGGUGUUGCGAAAUGUUAAUCUAUGUCUGCAUAUAAUUUUUUAUGGUAAAGCAUAAAAUCCACAAAGACGAUCAGUUUUAUAUUCUUCAAUAACAUUUCAGGAACAUUAAAAAUUUUGAAUGGGUUAAUCUUGAAAUCAUUUAUUAUGGCAUAAAUAGCACAUACUCAAUUUUGUUUACAAAGACCUAAACCUUACCCAUUACACAGAUGUUUCUGUUUUGUAGGGGUGUAUACUGUAACUGAGCACCAUUUGGGGUAUCUGUUACAGCAGAGUGUUAUUAUAUUAGAUCGUACAUAACAGUAGGGUGUCAUUAUAUUUGGGUUGCAUGACACCAGGGUGCCAUAAUAUUAUUGGUUGUUCAUUACAGCAGGGUAUUUGUUACACCAGGAUGUCAUAUUAGGGUGCCUAUAACAGCAUGAUGACAUUAUAUUAGGGUGUCUGUUACACCCAUUUAAGCACGCCAUCUUUAGCUUUGUUAGUCGUUUUCUCUGACCACCCAAGCCUAUAAUAGCAUACAUUAUUCCAGGAUGUCCACUAAGACUUCCAGUUGAAAUAAAUUCGGAAUUUUCUCACACAAUUUAUUGAAAAUAAUACCACUAUAUACACAUUAUCAUACAUAUAAGGUGUGUACUCAAAGAGACACCAUGUUUUUCUUAUUGAUUAUUUACAAUUUGAUAGUGUUACACCUAUCAAUAAAGUUAUUUGAGACUAGUUUGGUUAUGACAAUCUACAAUGUUAAUAAUAUUUUAUUAAUAUAUCUACAUGUCAGUCAAAAGAACACUAGUAAAAAAACUCAACUUUGUAACUUUGAAUGCUUUCACCAUAUUUUAUAAGAAAAUAAAAGAUGACAACAAAAA